AUGCGAGAUGGCGGAUCACUGUUUGAUUACAUUUCUCGUCCCCCCCCCCGCUCUCACAUUCCUCUCCACAUUUAUCUGUCUCUUCCAGCCGGGAUGUCUCUUAAAAGCGCAAAGGGAAGUCCAGACAGCAGAGCGUCGUCUGCUGCCAGCAUGUCUCCACGUGGAGGGAGGGGUGCAGCAGCUGGCAGAUCGCCAGCCUCUGGGAGAUUCAAAAACAAGGCCCUUCAGCUCAGCCUCUCCAAGAAAUUCUGCUCAAAGUCACAGUCCCCCUCGGCUCAGGGAAAGGGCUCUCAUGAGGAGGAGUCUCGUCGGCGCGGUAAAAGGAGCCUCAGCAACAGCUCAGCGGUGGCCGCUGCCUACAUUGCCUACCUCAACAAACUCUUUGGACAGGAGAGAGAGCUGAUGCCAGAGGAGUUAGAUGAGCUGCAGGAGGCCUUUAAGGAAUUUGACUACGACGCGGAUGGCUUCAUACAUUACAAAGACAUCGCAGACUGCAUGAGGACCAUGGGCUACAUGCCUACAGAGAUGGAGCUCAUCGAGAUCAUCCAGCAAAUCAAAAUGAAAUGGGGUGGCCACGUAGACUUUGAUGAUUUCUGCACGCUAAUGGGGCCGAGGAUGCUGGCUGAGACAGCUCAUAUGGUUGGGCUGAAGGAGCUCCGCUGUGCCUUCAAACAGUUUGACUGUGAUGGUGAUGGAAAGAUCACGCUUGAUGAGCUGAAGGAGGGCAUGAAGACCCUCCUGGGGGAGAAGCUGAAGAAAGGCGAGCUGGAGGAGAUCCUUGGCGACAUUGACCUCAACAAAGACGGCAACAUUGACUUUGAUGAGUUUGUUAUGAUGCUUUCUGCACGAUGACCUCUGAUGGAAGAAGAUGGAGCAAACAACACUGGAUUCAUGAGCUGUACACCAGCUCGUGAUGACUAUCUCCUUCCUGCUAUUUUCUUUUAAUUCUAAUUCUUAAUUCCUUUUCUGUGACAUUAUGUAUUUGAAAUGUCAGACUGUAAAAAACACAUAAGAGAGUCGAAUGGAUCGGUUUAUAUUUUCAUAAUAAAAGUUGAGGUUGAGAAAGUG